UGCUAAAUUAUUAAUUCAAUUACCAGUUGACCAAAAUACAUUAUUUUAUAAAAGCCGAGGGAAGUUUUUGCAAAUUUGGAAAAUUGCAUUCAAGUUGAGAAAGUAAAUAUAACCAAAAAGAUACAUGAAAUAUUAAAUUAAAAUUCAUAAACACAAUUAAGGUUACAAGUAUAUUGUAUAUUCAAUGCAACAUGAGAAGUUUAGUUUAUGUUCAAUUGUUUUUGGUUUCUAUGCAAUUUCUUACUCGGGUGAAUUAUGCCCACAGGCAAAAGUGUGAGUAUCGACCGACGAGAAACGAUAUACAAUGGGAAAAACUUGCAGGUAAAACAUUUUAUAAUUCAUUGAAUGAUGGUGAUGCCGUAUCUGACGAUGUAGCUUGUGUUAAAGUACAUAACAUAACUAAAGUUGACGAUGGAGUCAAAGCAACACUGGAUAAGUAUCUAUUCAGCUCACCGGACAAACCCGAUGUGAUACGCCUCCACGCACAAAAAAAUGGGCCGGGUUUUUACAUGUUGGACAAAAACACAGACUCGGCAAUAAUGCGUGAUGUUAUAAAUGAACAUGGUGGAAUAAACGAGAAAGCCGUAAUAGAAAAUAUCAAGGUGUCACAAUCCGAUGCCGAAUUCCAUGUAACAGAUUAUGAAAAUUACUUCAUUAUCGUUCGAUGCUCCGAUGAAGGUCGAUGGUAUGUUCAACCCCACACUAGUGGUUCAGUCCCUACUGCAGAGGAUGUUCUUCGUAUCUGGAGAGCUUUAUACGAAAAUGGAAUAAAUCAACCGCUUUUCAUGUCACAUUGUUCAGAAGUCUUAUAGUUACAACGUACAAAUUCCGUGGACAGAACUGGAAUGGUUUUACCCACAGUUUAAGUUUUCGU